GGAGAGACACCUGUACGGAGGGCAGAGUAGCGGGUAACCCGAGGUUAAAGGAGGCUGGCAACAGAACAGCUGAUUCAUAUCAUUACACUCAUUUAUACAUCUUCCUUAUAGAAAGAACAGCAGUGACGAUAUAGAUUAAAAAGAAUCUUUCAUGCAAAAGAAUUCAUCUUAACUUCUAAACUUCAUCAAAAAUUCAAUGCCGUUGGUAACAUCUGAGAAUGAACCAGUCUAAAUCUUCAAGCAUAACAAUACUACACAAAUGACCGUUAUUAGGAAAAUUGUUCGUUCCCUGAAUAAACGUGGACCAUUUCAGCACUAUUUAUCAACAAGACUCUACUACAGCUUCGAAAACGAGUUCAAAUCAUGGUUGCCAUUGAAGAAGCGGAAGAAGAUCCAUCCACCAAAUGGAUACAGGUUCCAUUGAGUCCUGGAGACUCCAAUCUUGGUCUAGUAGAAAUGAACCCGCGUGUAGUGGACUUAGCUAAUACAUCUGGUCAAAACAUUAAUUCUGGAGAUUUAACAAAAGUAGAGGAGAUUCUCAAAACAUCUCGACCAGUUCCUCUGUUUCAAGCUUUAAAAGGUGAGCUUGAGGACAUUCUUGAAGAUGGUACUAAAAACAAUCAAUCAGAAGUCCAAGAAACGCAGCUAGCUAAAAUGUGCAUGAUAAAGGAAGAAAAGGGGUUGUUAAAGUACAGUGUAUCAGGAGAAGAAAAGGGUCUCAAGUCGAUAUCUCCAACCCCUCAUAAGGUUCAAUUUCUGGAAGACGAAGAUUCCAGAAGAAAGUACAGCAGAUCAGCGGAGAAUAUUGCAGAUUCAAGAAAACUGGGGAAAUGUUCUCCCUCAAAAUCCUUGUGCGGUAGUAGCCGAACACCUCCGACAGGAAGACGACGACGGAGAAGACAAGUUUCAGAGGCCUCAUCUAUGUCUGUAACAAGUGUAACCAGUGAGUCAUCAGUUGGAAGUUACAGUUCUGCCUCCCCAGAUGGAGGAUAUGGUUGGGUUGUUGUUGCAGCUUCUUUUCUGGUUAAUAUGAUCGCUGACGGGGUCACAUUUAGCUUUGGGGUCAUGUUUGACGAGUUUCAGGGAGAAUUUGACAGCACUAAGGCUGAAACAGCAGGUGUUGUUGCAAUAUUUCAUGCCGUCCCUUUACUAACUGGACCUCUCGCUACUUGGCUUACAGAUAGGUAUGGGUGUAGAAAAGUGACUAUAGUUGGAGCUAUUCUAGCUUGUAUUGGGUUUCUUUUGGCUGCCUUUUCUCAUCAUAUUGUCCUUCUGUAUCUUUUCUUUGGAGUUAUUGCAGGAUUUGGACUUAGUCUCUGUUAUGUAGCAGCGAUAAUUAUUGUUGCAUAUUACUUUGACCGACGACGAAGUUUUGCGACUGGUAUUUCUGUUUGUGGAUCUGGUGUAGGAACCUUCUUGUUUGCUCCUUUGACUCAGUAUUUAAUGGAUGAGUAUAGUGGAUGGAGGGGUGCUUGCAUCAUACUUGCAGGAAUUUUCCUUAAUAUGUGUUUUUGUGGAAUGCUUUUUAGGGAAUUGCCUUGGACCAAAGAGAUGAAGGGUAGAAGAAAAAGUUUUAGGUCAAUAUCAGAGAUGCCAGAAAUUGGAGAUUUAAGAUCUGCUUUGGAGGACGGGGAAGAUUUAAGUGGAUUUCUUUAUAAUGAAGAGGAUGAACCAAGGAUUGCAAGUAGUCUGAUAGAUCUUCCAACCUAUGUCAAGAAUGCUGCAGGUCUACCGCCAGAUGUUCUAAGUAUGCUGGCUAGAAACAAGGAAACAUAUACUUUUAUUCAACAAAAUUUUCCAGACUCCCUAAUAGCAACCAGCAUCAGCGAAUACGGUUUGCGAUCUGAAAACGGUUUUGUGGAUAAAAAGAACGAUCAUGAUCGACUAAACAAAAAAGAGGAGAGUACAAGCGUGAAGCUCGUCCGAAAAGUAUCUUCAUUACUGAAAAAAGAUGAAUCCAGGAUAACUAGACCAGUAAAGCAAAGAUUAGAGUUUGACGGGGACGAGGAAAUUUCCACUUUUCCCCAAGGAGUGGCGAAACCAAGAGAUGAGUUGGCGGAUGAAAGUAAUAAAGAGUUGGAAGUUCUCACAAACAGACAAAAGUUCCUGAAAACCCAUUGUUUGAAGAAUUUGAGGAUGAGACGACAAUCACUUACAUGCAAGAACCGAAUCACGCAAGGUCUCCGUUCUUCCUCUUGUCCUGAUAUAUUAAACCCUGUAUUACCUGAUCUAGUGAGUGAACCAGGUACUUUUUCUUAA